AGUGAAGGUGCGCGGCUAACAGUGCUAAUGUUAGGCUUUGGUUUCAAAUAAACAAACUCAAAAUAGUCCGUAUUUGCUGUUUUAACACGGAAAAUGUGGAUGGAGAACUACGAGGUGUUUUACAGGAGGUGUGUGCGCGGGGUGAACGCCGAGGCUCUGUGCAGUGGAGAGCCCAGCCACAGGGGGGCGCAAUCAGCCAUCCAUUUCCAUGGCAGGCCUGUGCUACAGCCAAAGCUGAGUGAAGAGCAGCGUAUAGAAAUGGCCAAACAGAGACAGAAAGCAGUGGAGAAAGAAAGUGAGAGACGCACGCUGAGGACCGGCUCUCUGCUGGACAGAGUGCAGGACAUCCUCAAUCGUGUACAGUUGAAAGAUGUGCGAGCUAUAGUAGAUGCUGAAGCGGAGCAGGGUGCAGAAGCCUCCUCUCUGGACCUACAAGCCCUAUCCACCAGGAGAACACACCAAGAGGACCAACUGCCCACUGGCUUCAUCCCCAGCUCCAGCAGCAGCAGCAGCAGUGCUCUGCGGAGAAAGACCCUUAGGCUCCUGAAUAGCCGAAUGGAGAAGGUGGGGAAAAGAGGAGAAGAAUGGGGAGAGGGAGAGAAGACUAGCACUGGGACUUGGCCGAGCCGUCUUGGAGACAUUCAGAGAGGAAGUGAGGACAAAGCAGGAGUUGGAGACUUGGAAUCACAGUGCGCCGACAGAGCAGAGGGACAGAUGGAGAGUAGAAAUGCCCUCCAUAUCAUAGAGGCUGACAAGGAGAAUGAGAUCUGUGCAUUGGAGUGCCCACUAGUGGUGGAGUCUGGUAAUCACUUUACUUCCAUUGAAAGUAGCUGCAGCAUUGAGACUGAGUCACCCAGCUCUCCAGUGGCUAGGCUUUCGCUCCCUCCCAGUCUGAUGGGGUCUUAUGUCCAGUUACCUAGCCUUCAGCGAAGCUGCAGCCCCCUUACUCACUGCUUAAGGAAACCAUGUCUGUCAUCCGCUGGCAGCAUUCUCAUCUCUCUACCCAUCAGUGAGCUGGAGCUGAACAAGACAAACACAGUCCAUUGUGAAUCACAUGUUUUAGAAAGCGCCAGCAGUGGCACGACCAAGUCUGGUGAGAAUUGGAGACGCAGCUGCUCUGAGCAGAGCGGUAAAAAACCUUUUUCGGUCAGCAGCUCCGCCAGCAUUACACCCAGGAGACCUGUCAGCCUAUCUCAUACACCCUCGCCCACCCUGCCAGGGCCUGCUCCGCACAGAGAGAAGGACGGACAGAGCCACAGCAGCCCCUACCGACGCACUCCGCCAGCUCCACUGAACCAGUCCUAUGAUGUGGAGAGCCCGUCACCCUCCCUGCUCAGGCCCCAGGUCAGCUCAGGCCCUGAGCUCUUCACUGAGCCUGUCCAACACAGACUGGAGCUCGAACAAUGUCCACAACACCCCACAGAAGACAGCAAGACCCCUGGGCAUCUGUGUGACACCCGUAAGCGUCAGGAUAAAGCAGGAGAUGAGGUCCACCAGCAGAUCCAGGGUGCAGAAGCACUGCAUCAGCGUUUGGAGGAGGACCACGCUCACCAGCUCUCUCACCAACUUAAAACACAGGAAACAGACACACAGCGCCUCCUGCAGGAAAUCCAGAGGAAGCAUGUUGUCAGUUCAGUUUCCUUAGGCAAACCAAGAUCAACCCAGCAGCUACACAUGCAGAUGAAGGUGUUGUCCGCAGAGCAGCACAAAGCUGUGUGUUACAUGACUGCGGUGGGCCGAGGGUUCCUGACACGCAGACUUCUCAAGACAGAAAAAAUCAAACACCUGCGCAAAACCAUACAGGAUUCAACGGAGUUAAUUCGUUCAUUCCAGACUGACACCAAGCAGAGGAGAGCUUCCUUCACUCCUCAGGAUCUUUCUCUGCAACACAGGGUUAGAGCACAGUUGCGCGCAGCCUUGUGUAACCUGCAUGAGAUCUUUUUUGUGUGGCCUGUGAGAAACAGACUGGCUCUUCUGCAACAGGAAAGGGAGCUACGCAAUGAGAGGAGAAUGAGAGAAAUGGAGAAAGCUAAGAGUCCACAGGACCGGCCUGGCCUGUCUUCUGCUACUCAGAAAUCUCUGAUCCGGAAGAAACAGAGGCAAGGCAGAAAGAUCCCACAGAAACCCAAGGAUCCCUCAGCAAGGGUUCUGCAGCCUGCUCAGAGACAGAACGCACCAAGCAUUUCUCAGAAGCUUAUGGCAGCGAGAGUGGUGAGGAGGACAGUGGAAAACCAUAGAUCUCAUCUCUCGCUGGGCUAGAUGACGGUCACCAGUGUCACAGCACCUUUCAUAGAGGUGGACUUCUUUCAGAAAUCUGUCAAACAAUAGGGGUAAAGUGGAUAGUGGUUAUAUGUACAAACAGCCAUUUUCUCUUCAUGUAUUAUACUGACACUUCAUGUAUGAUCUCUUUCUGUGAGCUAAGGAAAGCAACCGUCUUAUAGGGCAUUUUAAAUUCAGCCAAUUUUCCAAAAGUUCUGCAUAAUAGAAUUGUUAAGACAUGAACAAAGACAUUCAGAGUGGUUUGGUGUGAAAUGCUCCAUUCUAGAGCAACUUAAGAGUCAGCAUGGUUUAGAGUGAACAGACGUCUAAAGAGUUUAAAAGCUCCUUCACAGAAAGUUAUUACAUGAAACAGUUGUGAAUACACUGGCCGAUGCAUAGGAUGUUGUUUUAUAAUAGUUUUGAGCUAACAUUUUAACCUGAAACAUAUUUUUAGGGGUAAAUGCAUGGUAUUGUAAAGCAAAAUUGUCCCCAAAGAAAACGUAUUUUUCCAGAUGUGCCACUAUU